UUAGCCGCAGAGAGAACGAGAGAGGUGCACAGAGCUUAGAGAAGAUGCAGAUCUUUGUGAAAACCCUAACCGGGAAGACCAUCACCCUUGAGGUCGAGUCCAGCGACACCAUCGACAACGUCAAGGCUAAGAUCCAGGACAAGGAAGGUAUCCCGCCGGACCAGCAGAGGCUCAUCUUCGCCGGAAAGCAGCUCGAGGAUGGCCGUACUCUCGCCGAUUACAACAUCCAGAAAGAGUCUACCCUGCAUUUGGUUCUGAGGCUUCGUGGUGGUAUCAUUGAGCCUUCGCUCAUGGCAUUGGCUAGGAAGUACAACCAAGAGAAGAUGAUCUGCCGCAAGUGCUAUGCACGUCUUCACCCCCGUGCAGUCAACUGCAGGAAGAAGAAGUGUGGACACAGCAACCAGCUGAGGCCAAAGAAGAAGAUCAAGUAGACAAUGAAUUGCAUGUGUGGAAUUCAGCUUCUGGAAGACUUUAUGUUUGCUGUUAGAAUUUUUAGUAACAUCAAUGUGGUUGAACUUCAAUCCUUUUGGAUGACUUCAUAUGCUUGCUUUAUCUUUGAAGUCUGAACCUUAUUUUGUGUAAUGGAGCUUUCAAUUUUGACAUGGCCAAUGUUCUCUUUAGUUUUUGUUU